AUGGCGUCGUCCAACAGUUUCGGGAAUGUCCCCACGUCCUUAAAAUUCGAGCACAACCCAUUCGAGCAAUCAUUUGCUUCGAAAUCGCAGCAUGCUGACCCCAAAGAUACCCAAAGCCACGGUUUAAGGCCACCAGAUGGUGGCGACAUACGACAACACCCUGAGGGUCGCACACCUACAUUACCGGGAAUUCAAGAGCUCACCUCUCCAGGGCCUGGCUUCACUGGAUCUAAUGUAAACAGGUGGCAGACUGAUAUAAGGAUGGGCUCUAUGCUUGGGCCGCCAGUUCAGAGCUUUGGUGGUGGCCCCCAGCCGCUACCUUCCCCACCGGUAGUUGUCCCACCAGCUUCGGUACACGCUGUUCCUAGCUCUGCGGCUACUAUCAAUCCUUCUGGAGCAGAAAGCCUUCCAAGGAAUCGAUCAAGUGAGAGUAUUGCAGCCAGCAGCCUCUACAUGAUGAGUAGUGGGAAUGGGUCUGCUGUAAAUCAGACUAGAGGAACACAAGUGCGUGAUAGUUCUGUUGAUCCAGGAUCUCAAAAUGAAUCUGAAACAUCACCUGGUCGUAUCAGCUCAAGGAAACGUGGUUCAGAAGCUUUAGAUUCGAGCACGCUCACAUCUGAUGAGAAACGCCGUCAGUUCCUCGAAAGGAACCGUAUCGCCGCUGUAAAAUGUCGACAAAGAAAAAAGCAGUAUGUGGAUGAUCUCAAAGGCAAGGUAAAUUACUUGAUGACCGUCAAUGAUGAGCUAAAUAUUGAACUGAACUCUUUACGAUCUCAAAUGGAAACGUUGAAAGGUUACAUCGUCUCUCACAAUGAUAUACGCACGCUGCCAAGGCCUGUGGUCAGUAUAAUCGAAAUGAUGCAGCGCUCUCACACUAACUUUAAUCCAAUUUCUUUGCUCCCCCCUACCUCAGCACCUUUAAGCGCACCAAAUACCGCAGUCGCUUCGCCCGUGAUUGCCAACGCCCCAAGGCCAAUAGUGAAGCCAGCAGAUACCGCUAGUCAAAGGCCUACCUAA